AUGUCAUUGACAGCAACCAAGAAGCCUCCCCCGCCGCUCACGAGCUCGCCAUACCCAUUCGCCGCCGCCCCUGACAUCAUCCGCGCGCACCAAAAAGAUGCCUACUUCCAGGGCGUCCUCACGAACCAGCUGACCGACCUUCACCGGCGCGUCCGCGGUGCCCGCUCCGCCCACUCCUGGGCCACCGAAACCCGCACCGCCGCCGACCUGCUCUACCUCUGCCUCACCACCCUCCUCGGCAACCGCACUCUCGGUGAAGAGUACUGCGACCUAGUGCAGGUCGAAGAGCCAAACGUCGGUGGCAACGGCAGGAUACCAGAAACCCAGCACCCCGUCGAACCCACAAGCGAAGCCGGCGGCCCCCGUCUGCCCUCGCUUCAGCGACGAGCCGGUUACAUCGUCAGCAGCGUUUUGGUCCCGUAUCUCUUCAGCCGUCUUCUCCCUUCCAUCCGCGCCGCUCUCCGCAAGCGUCUCCAGGAUCGUUUGACGGUUCUUGCCCGCCAAGGCCGCGGCGACACCAAAGGCGCCACCCCAUCGGACUCCAAAAAGGGCGCCGGCUUCUCGACGGUCUCAACGCUCGAGUACCGCGUCAAACGCUACCUUCUCACGCACCUGACCUCCAUUACCAGCGGGGCGCACCUCCACGCCCUGACGCUGGCCGUCUUCUACUUCUCCGGCGCGUACUACUCAUUCUCUAAGCGCCUCUUCGGCCUGCGCUACGUGUUCACGCGACGCAUCGAGGAAGGGCAGGGCGGCCGCGCGGGGUAUGAGGUUCUCGGCGUGCUGCUCGUGGUGCAGAUGCUCGUCCGCGGGUAUCUACACGUGACGGCGCAACUGUCGUCCUCAUCACCGCUCAGCGCUGAGGAGGCUACCACCGAGGCGGGCAUCCGGGAGCGGGCGUUCGGGCCGGGCGCUUACCCUAAUGUGUCGUUGGACGAGAAUGCUUACAGCAGCAAUAACGAGCUGUUGGUGGAGAUGGGCACGCCUGGUGCGGGUAACCAGCGCAGUUUGGCGGAGAUUGGAAGAACGACGCAUACGCCGGUAUCCAAGGGCGGGAGGGCGAAGUAUGACUUGGCGGCGAACGAGGAGGUCAUGGGCUGGAUCAAGGGGAGACAGCAGAGGAUGUGCACGCUUUGUUUGGAAGAGCUGAAGGAUCCGGCGGCGACACAGUGCGGACAUGUCUUCUGCUGGUCGUGUAUUGGGGACUGGGUGCGUGAGAAGCCCGAGUGUCCGUUGUGCAGACGUGAGACGAUGGUACAGCAUAUUCUGCCAUUGAGGGUUGCGUAG